AUGAAAGUAUACAGCUAACUUGUCAAAAGACUAGCAUCUCAAAAUCAUUAUUCAAAGUUUGUAACAGCUCACAAUUUAUGCUUUUCAUCAGAGAAUAAUCCUAAAUCAUCAAUGACUAAGGAACAGAUGAAAAAAGAUCUUAUGGAAGGGAGUCACUUUGAAACCGAGUUACUUAGAAGAAAGAAAGUGGUCACCACACCUACUGAUGAAGAAAUAAAGAAGCAGGAGGAAUUGGAAUAAGAAGCAGCUGCAUAGGCAUUGAGCGAAAUAUAUGAUGAGUAACAAGUAAAAGAAGUACUAGACAAAAUUAAGGAAUCAGGAGUCACUGAGUAUAAGAUCUUUGAGAUUCAGCCAGAGGCUCUGAAGAAGAUUCAGUUCUACAAGAACAUUUUGUUCUUUGUAAACAUACCAAUGAUCCUUGGGAUACCAGCUCUGACUGAACUUGGUUUCCUUGAUCAUAAACCCAACGCAAAGACUAUAUUCGCAAUCUUGCACUUAACAGAUUUCUUCCUGUGCUUCAAUUCAAUUAUUAUAUACUCUACCUUGCAGAGAUUGGUAUCAGCUAUUUAUUACAUGCCAUAAGAGAAUAAAAUUCUUGUCAAGUAGUGGAGUGCAAAAUUACUAGGUCUAAAAGAUCUGACCUUUGAUCCAAAAGAUUUGAUUAGAAUAAGAAAGUAAUCUUUCAAUCCUUUCAUUGGCUAUAAGAGUGUGCAUGAUAAUAAUGUAAAACUAGGCACUGAAAGUAUAGGUUUGUGGCAUGACAGGAAACUAUUCGAUAGCAUGAUCUUUAGAGAAGUGAAGAGAAGAGUAGUCAGGCCAAUUAGAAAAGGGCCAGUAAGUUCUGGGGUAUAAACAGGUAGCUAACAAAAAUCAGAAGACAAAAAGGAAUGA